AUGUCUUCCUCAAACGCCACCACUCCCUCCAUCACCAUCACCAACACCGAGGGCAACUCCCGGGCAAUUUCCACCAACACUUUCGAUGCCUUUUUGCUAUCCACGCAUCUAACAACCAUGGACGACCUCGCCGCGGCCAAACAGGCCAAAAAGGACGCGCGGAACCCCGUCAUUGUGCUCAAGAAGAGCAGCAAGCGCGUCAGUGACGCCCUGAAGAUGAAGGCCAAGUCUAUAAAGACUAAGAGCAAGGCGGGUAAGAAGAAGGAGGAGUCCUCGAAGGAAGAGGGCUUCAAGAUGCUCAAGGUCGUCAAGGUUGAGCAUCAGUAA